UGCUCACAUCCUCGGUAACAUCUUGGUUUCUCUAAAAACGCCGGAAUUCCACUGCCUGUGGCCAGCAGCAGGGGAUGUCGUGGCGUGUCUUUGGAGCAUGUUAACCCGAGGAUGAGGAGACAAGACGCGGUCUGUUUGAGUUAAAAGAAGAUGGAGUAACAAUGUUUGCUGUCGACUGAAAUCCAUUCCAAGAGACAAAAUGAAGAGGAGGCUGCUGAGAGGAUUCCUGUCGGAGGUUUCUGUCCGACUGCUGCUGCUGUUUGUCUUCAUCGUGACGGAGCAGCUUCCUCCUUUCUACCGUGAGAUCCAGGCUGAGGAGAUGUGGUUGUAUAAAUUCCAUCGUGUGGAGACGGACCACGUUCCCACCUCCCUUAUGUUUAGUGUAGCUGUUUUCACCCCCCUGAUUGUAAUUCUGGUUUUCACCGUGUUGAAUAAAUCGGAGCAUGGAGAGCUAAAAGAAGCCUCUUUGGCUGUGACUCUGACUCUGGUGCUCAAUGGAGUUUUCACCAACGUCAUCAAACUUGUAGUGGGCAGGCCGAGGCCAGACUUCUUCUACCGCUGUUUCCCUGACGGUCAGAUGAACUUGGAGCUGCGCUGCAGCGGUGACCCAGAUGCUGUCAUGGAGGGAAGAAAGAGCUUUCCCAGCGGGCACUCUUCCUUUGCUUUUGCAGGUCUGGGUUUCACGGCUCUGUAUGUUGGAGGAAAGCUGCGCUGCUUCAGUGCGGCGGGUCAGGGCAAAGCGUGGCGGCUGUGUGCCUUCCUCACCCCUCUCCUCAUCGCAGCUGUGAUUGCCCUGUCCAGAACCUGCGACUACAAACACCACUGGCAAGAUGUACUGGUCGGGUCUCUGCUGGGUCUCACCAUCGCCUGGCUCUGCUACAGGCAGCACUUCCCUCCCCUUCAGGAUCCGGACUCCCACAGACCCCUCCGUCACAGAGAGACGGUCCCCUCUGCGCAGGAGCGUAAAUUGGCCAACUCCAACUUUCUCCUGCCCCUGUAGAGCAGCUGUCACUGGAUUAUCCUCCCUUUAGGUGUCACAAAUGGGUUAUAUGGUGAUCUGUGUAAAUUAAGGUUUGGUUAAACUGGACUUCAUUACAAUCUAUCAGUUGUUUAAAACUAUUGUGGGAUUUUUUUUAAUAUAUAUUUGCAUUAGGAAAUGAACUUGUUCAAACCUUAAGAUGUCAUACUGGGUAAAUUUGAUAUAUCUGUUACAUGUGAUUGUUUGUAAACUUGCAACUUUUUAAACAAACGGAGUUUAAACUUUAGUGCAGAAACCAGGAAACUGAAU